AUUUGCUGUAGUAGUAUACCCAGUCAACAACAGUAACAAUAAGUGGUGUAUUAAUCGUAGACCAACUUUAAAUACCUAUAUGCAUAAAGCGCCUAUUAAUAACAAUUAGAAGGCUAUUGGGUUAUUAUAAAAGGUGCAUGGUUAGGUAAAAACUGACCGUUUCAAUAUCAGGACGGCAUCGUAUUGUUUGUUUCCAAAAGAAGUGCAUCGUCUUCCCUCAAAUUGCGAAAUGUGUGAAACAGGCGCGGUUACGGGCUAAAUAAUUUUAUUUUUUGGAUCUUUUUAAUUGCUUAUUCGUACAGUAGUAUUUACUUAUAUUAAUAAGAGAGUGAAAAGUUCGAAUUCAAAUUCACUGUCUCGUGUAUCGUCUUAUCAGUAACAUACCUUUGAAAAAAUUUGAUCUCAUUGUCAGAUAAUAGUUGCGUUCGGAAAAAAUUGCCCACAAUUAGACGAGAGAACAAUAAUUGUAGUCGUUCGCAAAUCCAACCUUGACAAUAACGGUAUAUUGUUGGAAAUCGAUUUGUAUCUGUUUAUCAAAAAAAUGCAUUACAGUGCAACGAACGAGAAGGAUUUACUAUGGAAAUUAGCAUUACUAUCAGGGAUUGUAGGAUUUCUUACGUGGGUUCUUAUCAGUUCUAAGAAACACAUAAACCAGAACCAUAAGCAGGUGAUAUCUUACUAUUAUUUGCGAUUAUUAUGUAUCGUGGUAACUUAUAUGCUACUACUUCCUUUACUACUUCCUGUCUUCUUAAUACUGUGGACCUACAGAAAAUACGUGGACAACCGUUUACGGAAAAAGUACGGAAAAUCGUACGGGGGCCUAUUAAAGGGAACCGACUCUGUAUGGGCGAUUGAAAAAAACUCAAAAUCCAUCAUAAACGUACUUCUCAUAAUCGAGUACAAGAACAAACAAAUACCGCUAAAAACAGCCUUAACAACGUUCAUUAAAAAGAAAAUAGAAACCAGAAAAGAGUGCAGUAGUAAACUGUUAAGUUCGUUAGAAAGAAACGAACCGUAUUAUUACCUGUUAAAGGACCAAGUUACGGUGGACGAUUGCAUUAAAAGUAUAGAAACUGAGGAAGACUACGAUAGCGAAACGUUGUCUCGUAACGCAUUAAGAAACUGCAUUUCAAAAAUAUCCAACAAGAACUUGCCUAAAGGACACAAAGCACUUUGGGAAAUCAACAUUGGAAAUAAACAAGUAACUUACUGGAAUGAUGACGAUAAAGAUUAUUAUCCUGUUGUGUUCCGGUUCCACCACUCCUUGCUGGACGGUUCGACCUUUUUGAAAUUUUUUGUAUCAUUUCUGGGACAAGAUAAACUCGUUUAUAAAGACAUUAAUCACAAUAUAAGCGAUGAUAACAACCCGUUGCCAAAAAUAUUAAAAUCAGUAGACGCCAUAGAAAUAAUGACCCUAAUGUUAUUACAACUUAGAGAAUUGUUAAAAUCGAUGACAGAAUUCGUAAGGCAUGCAAUUUGGUUUUUACCGCAUGUGGCAGUAUUAGCGUGCAGGAAAGACGACAGGAACAUUUUAAAUACCGAAAAUUCCGUCACAGACCAAGCCGAAUUGGGCUGGUAUUCGGAAGAUAUUUCGAAAUAUAUAGACAUGGCGAAAAAGACGAAAAAUAAAGUCAAAGGAGCUACAUUUUCGGACGUAAUUUUCACCGCGAUUUGCAACAGUUUAGAAAAUCAUUUUAUAAAGAAUUCCCAAAGCAUUCCUACCCAAUUAACAUCAGGAAUACCAAUGAUCCCACCCAUACCGGAACUUCGGCACAUAACGCCGGGAAAAUACGAGGUUGAAAAAGUAAUUUUCGAAAAUAAUUUUUCAUUGGUAGUACAAAACCUUCCUACGCCGACCAUGACGAAACCGCAAACGGGGGAAGCACUGGUCGAUAAGCUGCUACAGAUGAAGGAGAAUUCGACAAAUUUAAAAAAUUCGGUUGAGCAGAGAGCAAAUUUUUGGAUCAUGUCUUUUCUCGGAAAAUACGUACCAACCCCAAUUUUAAGGCCAGGACUGGAUUGGGUGUUAAGAAGUACAACUGUUGCAAUUAGUAAUUUACAAGGUCCAAAAACAUUCAAAUUUUCUGAAGAUAUGUUAGUCAAAGACUUAGUAUUUUGGGUACCAUGUCAACUCAAUACAGGGGUUGGAUUUUCAAUUGUUACAUACGAAAAUCGUCUCCAAAUGGGCCUUAUCAUCGAUAAAUCUCUGUCAAAAUCACCCAAAGAAAUAGAAUCUAUUUUAAAAGAUACUGUGAAUAGUAUUGAGUUAUUGUUUAAUAAAGUAGAAUCACUUUAGUACUUUUUA